AUGUCAAAAUUCGCCGCGCGCGGAAGCCACGUCAAGCUGAGCAUCGUCGACCUCCAGCUCCCCGUCCACGAGGACUCCUACCUGGUCGUCAACGAGGCGGGGGAGCCCUCCUACCCCCCCGCCACGACCCGGGUGUACCCAGGCGACGGGGGGAACGUGCCCAAGUCCUUCGUGUCCUUAGAGCACAAGCUGUCGGUCGUUCUACAGGGGGACUUUAUUACGGAGGUCACCAUGAAGUACGAACUCUACGAGUGCACAGACAAGGACGAAGAGUGCGAGUACUGGGCGGUGAACGGAGAGUGCGAGAAGAACCCGUUAUGGAUGAAGGUUUUCUGCAAGAAGUCCUGCCUUCAGUGCGAGUUCACGACCCUCUGCGACGACAACCACAACGACUGCGAGUUCUGGGCGAGCCACGACCAGUGUGAGGAGAACUACCUGUGGAUGCAAGUUCACUGCAAGCGCUCCUGUGGCCGAUGCGACGAGUGCUGGGACGCCAACAUCCUGUGUCCCGAGUGGGCGAACCUCGGCGAGUGCGAAGGAAACCCGUCUUACAUGAACCGCUUCUGCAGAAAGUCCUGUGGCCUCUGUCUCAACCUCAUCGCGACGACGCCGGAGCCCCCAGCUGGCCUCACUUCGGCGCCGUCGUUCCUCCCGACCGUCGCCGGGCCUCGCUCUACGACCACCGCCCCGACGACCACCACGGCGACGCCCCCGACGCUCACGCCCAAGCGCAGGCCGGGCAAGAAGGUCGUCCUCCCGUCGAGCCGCAAGAAGGACGACAAGGAGAACGAGACCUCGAAGCCCACCAAGACCAAGGUCGCGAAGCCCGAGAGGAAGCCCGACCUGGAGCAGUACGAGAAGAACGACGUGAACGGGAUCGCGGAGGGCGCACGGAAGCCCAAGGUGUACGACCAGAAUCAGCCCGCGAAGCCGCACGGGAAGCCCAGGGUCAAGAAGCCCUUCAACAAGCCUCGGAGUCCAAAGCUGUUCAGGAUGAACAAUUCGGUUGUGGACCAGGGCCCCGAGGGAGGCAGACUGCCGGUGAACAGGAAGCUUCUGAAGGGCAACCAGACGCUGUCGUCUCAGCACAACAGGCAGGGAGGCUCCCCUAGACCGAAAAAGAAGCCGGAGCAGGCGAGACCGAACCUCAAGGCUGAGAGCGGUCUGGACCAAGGACCUGCCACCGUUCGCGGCGAGAGGCCUCGCCACUCGCCCUGGCAGUCCAAGCCGAGAAAGGCGCUUCCUCAUCCCAGGCCAACCACGACCCCGCCGCACGUGCCUCGUCACUCGGCCCUCAGAUCAGAUCCAGUCAGCGAGUCCAGCGAAAAGGCAGAUGCAGGAAACGAAACGCUGGCGCACGGAGGGGACUUCAAGUCGCAAGGGCUCGCUGGAACGAAGGACGCCACCCGCAACGAGGCAGCCGUGCACCCACACGCCUGCAGAGACCGGCCAGGAGGAUACAUAUGUGGAAGCAUCAGCCCUUCCAGUAGCAAAGGAGGAAGGACGAACCCCUACAUGAAGAGAAAUCCAAACAACGCCGUUUUCAGAAGGAAAAACAACACAACCAGCAGAAAGAAUGCCAACGGGACAAAACUCCACGGCGGACGCGUCAACAUGAAGAAGCACAGGAGGCAGAAGAAUCGCGGAAGAUUACACAACAGAGACAACAAAGCUGGAAGGAACGUCACGGGCAGAGGCUUCCCGUCGACACACAAGCAGAAGAAGAAGUUUAAGAAAGGGAAGUGGAGAGGGCGCGACUGGAGGCACCGGUCGCGCCACCCGAGCAAGGGCGGCCAGGGGGGCCAGCGAGGCAACCAAGAGCCCUCUCAAGGAAGAGAAGCCCAGCAGGAAGAGGACCUGGAGCGAGAGGCGGUGCGAGGACACCGCCGCUGGAACAGAAACAAGGGGAGACAGGCUGGACGAGUCCACCCAAAGAAGCACAAAGGAAGACGUCCUGGGCAGAACAGAACCAACAACUCCACUACACAGUCAAACAGAACCCACGUACCGAUCGCAACCCCAACUCCCUCAAAACCUCCCAAACAAACAAACCUUUCAGUCACUACCACAGAAACAACAAUCACAACUACCCUUGCCCCUACUUUCUCAGAACCACCAAUCUACCCAAACUUACUCUCCACUGACUUACCCAUCGUAGAGUCCUCUGUAUCUCAGACGACCGUACCAGAUGCCCCGGAUUCUGUCUCGCCCAGACCUCACGUGACCACCAAUUCGACAGCGAAACCCAGGCUGAUUACAACUACUCCACGCAACAACAGGACGGCGCCCACACGUCGGAAGAGUAAGCAUUCCCGGAAAAAGGGUCAACGGCGCAGUUCUCACCAAGUUCCCAACCGCCAGCAGCCAUCCACCACUGCGAGACCUUUCGCCCAAAACGCAACUGUUCCUCCGCCCAACAACAGCAACGUCGCUGGAGAAGGAACGGCCCUGGCUCCACAGGAAGAGCAUCCCCACAGACACAACCACCACGGAAAGCGUGGGCGUCGACGCAAGAUUGGCAAGGACGGAACGCAACACGGCGACAAGAAGAAAGGUUCUGGGCACAGGUUUGGUAAACUGGACCGCAACGCUACGCACUCCGGACAGCAAAGGCACAGAGGUGGAAUGAGAAAAGUGGGCAAGAAUAAACACAAAUACAGAGCAGACAAACGCCAUGGAAAUGAUGAUUCUGUGGCUCGUCCAGGUGAGGGAAGGCUGCGCGUCACGCAUCAUCGCAAGCAGGAUGGUGAAGAGUCUCUUGACCAAGAUGGCUUAGAUUUUGACGACGCAGAAGAUUCAGAUGAGCAAGACAGCCCCCACAGCAAGAACAAGGAAAGUUCCAGAAAGGAGAAGGAAGACGAAACCCUAACUGAAGGACAGGAUCAUUCAGAACCCGAAGAAGAUGACCGGCCUUCGGAAGUGGAUGGAAGUAGAAGCAGACUUCACUCUAACGCCAAGAAGCACGCCAAGGGUAGACACGGACCUCGUCGAAAUAAACCAAACACCUUAAAGCUAAACGAUACGUCUAAACCCACUCUUCGUCGCAAAGGUAAGCACUUCCUCAAGCGCACAGGGAAAACCGGGAAUCCCAGAUAUGGCAAAUCCCGCCGGAACAAAAAGCCCCCCGGUUUCCACAAGAAGAACGCCACCAUCGCCACCGCUCGUCCCUCGGCCAUUGUCACGGGCUCCCCCGGCCUGCACGAGCAGAGCAAGGCCUCUGGAAGUAACGACAUCACCGAGAACCACGUUUUGUCAACCGUAAAAGCAGGUCACCAUCACCACUUGCCAGAGAGAAAGUCCCAUCAAAGGGGAGGUCGACACGAAGAGGAGCCCGAAAGCAAUGCAAUUCUUCCGUUCGAUGUUGACAAAGACGGGGGAAGGAAGCAGGAGAUGCAGCUGGAUGCCACAAGCACCGUUUCUUCUCUAAAUCUGGAGGAGUUCCCGACUCAGACGGAGGUGGAGAAAGACCAUGGAGAUAGAAGUGAGGAUAGAACCAACAUAGAUAACGUAGGAAGAGGAGAGAGGAAAAACACAGGCGAAAUUUUCAAGAAGGAAGAAGAUGAAGGCGAAGCAGAAAAUGAGGAAGGUGUCGCAGAAAGUAGUGAAGACGAAGGCAAAGAAGCAAAAGUGGACGCAGGGACGAGCGAAGACGAAGAGGCAGACACGGAGGAAGCGAAUGAAGACGAACAUAAAACAGACGCAGAGAUAAGCAAAGACGAAGAAGAUACUGCUCAAGAAAGGGCGCCAAGAAGGUCACCAGAAAAAUAUGCAGAAUGGGGCAUUGGACCGCUCAGACCCCCACACAGAAGCUCGCGGAGAUCCCGUCCGGGUUGGAGGUUCCAGAAGACGUUUUACCGACGAGGCCACGUCUACGAGGACAUCCGAAGGAAGGAGAAGUUAGGGAGUGACUUCAUCGCCAGACCGUCGAUACAACCACCGAGUUACGAGGUUCUCGCCACUGCCAGCAUUGAUAUAAGUUAA